AUGGACGCCAGGACUACUCAAGCUGCCUCAAUGGCUGCGAACUCUGCUACUGUCGGGGUGCCUGUUACUGAGACGCUGUUUUUGAGACCUCUCUUCAUGUCCAUGUUCUUCAUACUUCUCUGCGUAACCAUUCCCGUCCUGAAUAGAUCUAAACUCGCGAAGUUUCCGGAUGUCACCGUCUCUACCUCCAUCUUCGACUUUGGUAAUUCAAAGGCCAGAAGACAAUUCGUAUUUGACUCAGUCAAACUCAUCAAAGACGGUUUUUCUAAGGUCGGCAAUACUACACCUUUUCGCAUCAUCGCCGAUGUAGGCGAGAUGGUUAUCCUUCCCCCAGAAUUUGUCAAUGGCAUUCGCAACGAAGCCGACCUCGAUUUUAUGGAAUUUGUCAACCAGCAAUUUCUUUCAGAUAUUCCUGGGUUUGAGAUUUUCAAGACGGGAUUCCUGACUUCCCUGGUCACUGAUGUUACCAGAGUCAAGAUCACACAAUCUCUCGGGAAGGUAACUGGUCCUCUAGCUGACGAGUGCGACCAAGCAUGCCGAGAAAUCUUCGGGGAAUCCAAAGAACAGAAGGAGACUGUACUCAAGUCCGCACUUUUGGAUCUUGUUGCGCGCAUAUCAUCUCGUGUGUUUCUCGGUGACGUGGGCUGCCGCAAUCCGGCUUGGCUCAACAUUACCAAGGAAUUCACCGUGAACAGCUUCAUGGCUUGUGUUGAGCUCCGGAAAUACCCUCCUGGAAUUCGUCACGUUGUUCAUUGGUUUUUGCCAGAGUGCAAGACUGUACGCGCACAGGGACAAACGGCACGCAAUAUCAUCAAUGAUAUUUUAAGGGCGCGCCAACUGGAAGAUCAACAAAGACUUGCUAGGGGCUUGAAGCCGGAGGUACGAAACGAUGCGAUCGAAUGGUUCGAACAGAUGGCCAAGGGUCAGAGCUAUGACGUAGGCCGGGCACAAAUUGCCCUCGCCAUGGCUGCUGUCCAUACCACAACCGACCUCCUCGCUCAGACCCUGUUCGAUAUCAUUGGCCAUCCACAGAUUAUCCCAGCCCUCCGACAGGAGAUUGUCACAGUCAUCAGUCAAGACGGAUGGGAGAAGACAGCGCUCUAUAAGCUGAGGCUGAUGGACAGCGUGAUCAAGGAAAGCCAACGCAUCAAACCACCGAACGUGGUGAGCAUGAACAGGCUGGCAUUGAACGAUGUUACGCUUCCCGAUGGCUCAAUCCUUCCCGCGGGAUCCAAGAUGGGAGUGUCUGCGCACUCUAUGUGGGACCCUUCUGUUCAUCCAGAUCCUAAAUCCUGGGAUGGGUAUCGAUGGCUUCGAAAGCGCCAACAGGUGGGACAAGAGAACCUGCACCAGCUUGCCACAACAUCCCCACAACACAUCGCUUUCGGGCAUGGAAAGCACUCAUGUCCUGGACGAUUUUUUGCUGCUAAUGAGAUCAAGAUUGCUUUAUGCUUCUUGAUCAUGAACUAUGAUUUCGAGUUGGUGCCAGGUGCGAACCCUGAGCCUGUGCUAUCAGGCAUUCAACUCGACUCUAGUCCAACUGCAAAAGUGCAAGUUAGGCGACGCGAUCCCGAAUUGGAUCUAUUAUCUAUGUUGAAGAGAAGUCGUGACUAA